CUCUUUUCUCCCUCUCCGUUCGGUUCGGAGUAUUAUUGUUGAUUGCAUGUUGACGAUUUUGAAAAUUGGAUUCAUAAAUUAAUUUGAAAAAGGCUUGUUUGUUAUGCAUGGGAGCAUGAUCGGUUAUGAAAUAUGAACGAAGCAUUUUUCUGAAAUAAACAAUAUUCAAAUUGCUGCCACGUACUUCCAGCCAUGUCUCUGCACAUCCAAGGAGUGCACAUAGCGGACGGCUUUGCAGAUGACUGUGAUGAGCUCAUCCACCGCUGUCUGCAGGCAGGAACCGUCACCUUCGAGGUGUUCUCUGAGAUAUGGAAGGAGAUGGAGAUAUCUUCGCUAUAUCAUGGAAGAACAUCGAAUGCAGAAAUAGCAGAACUAUCAGAAGAAGUCUUACAUAUAGCCAAACAUUAUAUGGUGGCUGAUACCAGUAAUUUUGAGGAAUCAGUAGCCGGUCUAUUCCUCGUCUACGGUCUUCUAAACACACAACCGUUCUCCAAAUUCGCAGCCCUACGUAUAGUACAAGAAGACUUGCCCGCUAUAGAGCGGAUAAAGUUAGUGGCUCGGAGAGAUAGGAGGCAGGAUGUCCUGUAUGUGUUGGGUUCGGUGCUCAUACAGGGGCCGGUUCAGUACCAUGCUGUGGUACGGGAGAGGGGCAUGGAGUAUUCUAUUAGGAAGUAUUUGGAAGGCUACACAACCAUAGACAAGCAAGGUGUGCGUCCUAAAGGUAUAUUCUACAGACAGAAUACGGAACUGGAUAUUAUAAGGGAAUUAAAGAACCUCACUGUGCGUUACACAAAGGCCAAAGAAAAUAUUGAAGGUGUAAAGCCGGAUGACCGCAAUCUGAACUACUUGGACGCGAACUUUGCGAAUGAACUCGACAGUUCCUUGAAGAACAUCAUCUGCGGGAUCAUCGAUGAUGAUGAUGGUGACGGCGAUUCCAGUAGCAGUUUAGAUGCAAUUAAAAAUUUAAAGCAAAAAGCUAUGAAGGCUACAGUGAAACCUAUCAGACAUCGCAUGGCCGUCGACAUGAGGGCAAAAUCUAACCAAAAAGAAGACUCAAAAUCACCCCCGGACAAAGUCAAAACUGUCAAAAAUCCUGAAAAAAAGAACAAAGCCAAAAAACGGGUUCGUAAACCAAAAAGCGAUUCCUCAGACAGCGACGAUUAUACUAUAAAGGCAGAUUCCGACGAAAACACUCAAGACUGUCUUUUAAGUUGUGACGAACUUGAUGUGACGAAAUUCGACCAGCCGAACCUAACAGAUAUUGAACAAGAAAUCAGCAUCGAAAUUGAUGAUCUACCCGGAGUUAUAGUUAACGAAAUUCAAGGCAAGACAUACGAAAUUGAAAUCAUUGAUCAUUUAAAUACACCGUCGACGUCAGAUCCGGGUGUAACGCCGACUUCGGAUACAGAUUUCGCGCCAGAACCGGAUUUUAAGUCUGAAGGGGAAAAUAUUAAGAGGAUUGAUAAAAGGGAUUUGAAGAAGACGAUUUUGAAAUCUAGGUUUAAGAGGAUGGGUAUGCUGCCUGUGGCUAAUUUUGAGAAUAAUAAAUGAAUAAAACAUGGAGUAAGAAAGGAAAUAUGAGCGAAAGUGCCAUAAUGCAGGUAGGUCAGGCGCUUUCUUCUAGGUCAAAUUCGUAUGGUGGGCAUGAUCAAAACGAUUCGUUACGAGAGAACUAACGAGGCUUUCGGUUUGUUUAAGACAUCUGUCAAAGAUUUUUGGUCCAAAGAAGGCGCAUAAGGGCGAAAACAGUAACGUUCCUCGUCCCCCGCUCACCCGCAUGUUGUCGCGCUACUUUCUCAGGCGAUUUUCCGUUAUGGCACCUCCGCUAGUCAUUUUGUUCUCCAAGAUAAAACGUUAUACCUCUGUGCUGAAAGGUUGAGUAAAAUUACUCCCUUGCAUUUUGUACAUAUAAUAGGUCAGUUCUAUUGUCUAGGACUUGUAUAAAAUAUUAUGUGAAUAUACAUACAUAUAUCAUUAGUUUAGCAAUAGGCAUGGUGCAUGAAAAAUUAAUAGGUCCGUCUAUUAGGUAUCUCUAAAAUAAUGGACACGUAUUUUUUAUUUUCUCUUACAAAGAAAUAAAACCUAAGAUAUAACACAAUUGAAUUUUGUGUUACGUCUGCGUACAGAUUUUACAUAGACGUGACGUCACUAGCCCCUACUCUCAAUCUUUGUGGUGUUAUAUCUUAGUAAAUACCUAUUAAGACGCUCAACGCCCUUCUGACUGCCAACCCUGAAUUUGAUGUGUUUGUGGAUGAGUGGAGUAAAGUGAUGCGUGUGUGUUUGGGGUUCUGUGAGAGAAAGUAUGCAAGAGCGUCCACUGUUCCUUGUUAGUUAGAUAAUCAUUGAAAUGCUGUCGACUAUAAUAUGUUUUUACUUUUGUUUUGUUUUGAUUUAAUGUUUCCAUGUUAAUUAUUGUAAUUGGUGUUGCACCGUUUUAAUUAACUAUAAAUAAAUAAAAUAAAAAUAAAAAUUAUUUUUUUGUUAAAAUAAAAAAUACGUGCCCAAUAUUUUUUGCGGCAAUAUGCAUGUAACGUCUCUCUUUCUUACUUGGGAAUUACAUUUGACUCUGAAAGAGAUUUGGUGCCAAAAAUAUAUCAACUUAGUUGGUAUAGGUACUACAUAGGCACGUUAGUUGUUUCCAUAUUUUUAUUUCUGAAAAUUGUAAUAUUCGUCAAAUAAUUUAGCACAUAUUUUCGCAGUCGUUUUUGUUCAUAUAUUUUGACUAUCGUGAAUUCACCAGUAAAGCCUACUUGGACAAGCAAAGCUUUUCUAAGAGAACUUUAAUUUUAGUUUUCUCCGCUAGAGGCGCUGAGUUCGCAUCGAAAUUAUACUUCUUCCGAAAUAGCAUAAUUUUGUAAUUUCUAGAUGUUCAACUUAAUUCUGUGAUAAUAUUUUAAUUACUUUGAUAUUUUGUGUAAGUGAAACUUUGUAAAUCAGGGAUAGGUAUGUUAUAAGUGCAAAUAAUAAACUUUUUAAAGUAAAA